GUUUCUCUCGACGACCCCGUUUGAACCCUUUCCCAACCUCAAAAAACACCCACGCAGUUUCUUCGAAAGUUUAUACACACACAAAAAAUGUCUGGUGCUCGUGGAUGCUUCAACUGUGGUGGAUUCGGCCACCAAGCUGCCAACUGCCCCAAGGCUGGUACCCCAACAUGCUAUAACUGCGGAGGAGAAGGCCACGUUUCCCGCGAUUGCACUCAAGCUGCCAAGCCCAAGUCCUGCUACCGAUGCGGUGAGGAGGGCCACCUCUCCCGCGACUGCACCUCUGAUAACGCUGCUGCUGGCGGUGUGAGCCGUGGAGGCGAGUGCUACCGCUGCGGCAAGACCGGCCACUUGGCUCGCUCCUGCCCUGAUAGCGGCUACGGCUCCUUCGGUGGUUCGCAAAAGACCUGCUAUACCUGCGGUGGUGUCGGUCACUUGUCCCGCGACUGUGUCCAGGGAUCCAAGUGCUACAACUGCUCUAGUAUUGGCCACAUCAGCAGGGACUGCCCUCAACCACAAAAACGCGCUUGCUACCAGUGCGGACAGGAAGGCCAUAUCUCCCGAGACUGCCCUGGAACUGGCGCGGCCGGCGAUGCUACCGCUGCUGCCUAAACGCGUUGGAGCUCAUCCAUUGUUGUAAUUUGUAUCGCGACGUCGUUUCUUGCAGAUCGUUUCUUGCUGUCGAAUUUACCGAACAUGUACAACUUCUUCUCUUUUUUAUCCUCUGUGAUUUUUAACAUCGAAU